UGUUGGUGAGUGUGACUUUGUGGGAUACCUAAAAGGCCAAACGAAAAAAACCAAGACAAAACCCAAACCCAAAACCAAAACCAAAAUCGAAUAAUAAUGUCCAAAUUCUGGGAUUUCUUGUCUUCAACUUCUGGUGGGUUCUCCGAGGAUUUCUGGCGACGAAACUUCCAUGGCGGUUGGGCUACUUUCCUCGCUCUUCUCCUCAUCUUCCUCUGGCACUCUUCUAGAAGGUUCUCUUUCCCCUUUUCUUUUUCUUUUCUCUCUCGCUCUUCUUCGUCUUCAGCUAUCGCCGAUUGUUCGAAUCCCAACGCCUCUCCUUCUCAGACCCCCCAAUUAGGGGUCUCGGAGGUUGUAUCAGAGGCAGAUUUAUUGUUUCUGAUGGAGAGUUUAGAUGAGAAGUUAAGUGUGGACGAGAAGUGGGAUAGUGUCAUAGACAAAAGAAACAACCUUCUCUCAUACAGUGCCAAAUGCUGCAAGACUAAGGAUGGUCCCUUGAAAUACUUGAGUGUUACAGUUUUCGAGAAUUGUUCUCCUGAGAUACUGAGAGACUUCUAUAUGGACAAUGAUUACAGAAAGCAGUGGGACAAAACAAUCGUAGAGCAUUGGCAGUUACACGUGGAUGAUAACAAUGGAGUUGAAGUUGGCCGUACAAUAAAAAAAUUUCCAUUCUUGACGCCUAGAGAAUAUGUCUUGGCUUGGAGAUUGUGGGAAGGAAAGGAUGAGUCAUUCUACUGUUUCAUUAAGGAAUGUGAACAUCCCUUGGCACCAAAGCAGAAGAAGUAUGUCCGUGUUAGUGUUUUCAGAUCCGGUUGGCGAAUCAGAAAAGUUCCUGGUAGAGAUGCAUGUGAGAUCAAAAUGUUCCAUCAAGAAGAUGCUGGUUUAAACGUGGAGAUGGCAAAGUUGGUUUUUUCAAAGGGCAUAUGGAGUUACGUCUGUAAGAUGGACAGUGCCCUACGAAAGUAUCCUACAAUUAGACUGCCUCAAUCUUCUUCUGCUAAUGCAGUCACAUUGAUCAAAAUGGUUCCCCCUGAAUUAGAUACUACUCGCGAUGGGACUUCACAAGCAACCUCAGCACCUACUGGCGUUCAAGGAUCAGUUACUGGCCUGGAGAGGAAAUUAUCAAGAAGGCCAUGCGGAAAAAUGGUGGCUAACGGGUUGCUGCUUAUCGGCGGUGUAAUCUGCCUCUCUCGCGGUCAUUCUAGCUUGGGCGCUAAAGUUGCACUGGCAUACAUCUUGAGCAAGCUGAGCAAGCGUGGUGCUUCAUCAAGUCAAGGCAAUCAAAUUUAGGUACAUGACCUUGUUGCCUGACAAUAUUGAGAAGGUACAGUUAUGUUUCCCACAUAUAGAUCAUAGAUAGAUUACAAUACCAAGAAAUCUUGUGAAAAAAUGACCCUCUUUGCCAAAAUGGAAAAUGUGAAGCGGGAAAGGAGAAACAGAUGCAGUGUUUUUCGAAAAAGAGGUGGAGUCCAUAUUUUGCUAAUAAACUUGUAGCUGAAGUUACAGGUUUCUGUUAAUCUUUAUCACCUUUGUAAAUCCUAAUAAAACAGAUGCGUGAUUUUUAUGCUCGCAAGUGCACGUGUCGCAGACAAGUAAUAAAGUGUACAGAGUACGAAUAUCGUCCCACAGAGAAUGAAUCACCAAGUGUACAUGCAGAAAUCAACUAGUUUAGCCGUUUAAGAAUUAUAUAAAAAGUUGACUGUUCAGAAAUUACUCAGUGGUUUUAAAUGCAGAAAUGUAAAAUGAAUUGUAAGAAAAGAUUAACCAGAAGUUCAAGGGGCUGUUCUUUUACCCUUUUUGAGUUAGGUGAUUUGAGUGUAG